GAGUGGAGGGUGGGGCGAGAGCUGGGAGCUGUCAGAGCGGUGGGAAUGGGUCGCAGUCCUCGCCGGGUUCUGAGCUGGGGACCUCCUCUGAUGUUGCUCCCAGGCAAAGGGUGCUCUGAGCGCUGGGCCCUCCAGGAGCGGCCUCUUUUGUAACAGCCCCUGAAAUGCAGGGCCAGGUGCACUAAGCAGUAGCAGGACUCCAGCCACAGCGACAGCCCUGAGGCCCUGUGUAGAAGUUCCAGCCCCUUGUCUUUGUGUCCGCUCGCGUCCCUAGACUCAGAGGCAGAUUAUCUUGGAAGACCUGAGACUCCGAGAUGUUUCCCUUGAAGGAUGCCGAAAUGGGUGCCUUUACUUUCUUCGCCUCUGCUCUACCACAUGAUGUUUGUGGAAGCAACGGGCUUCCUCUCACACCAAAUUCCAUCAAAAUUUUAGGGCGCUUUCAAAUCCUUAAGACCAUCACCCAUCCCAGACUAUGCCAGUAUGUGGAUAUUUCUAGAGGAAAGCAUGAGAGACUGGUGGUGGUGGCUGAACACUGUGAACGGAGUCUAGAAGACUUACUCCGGGAAAGGAAACCUGUGAGCUGUUCAAAGGUUUUGUGCAUAGCAUUUGAGGUACUCCAGGGCUUGCAGUAUAUGAACAAACAUGGCAUAGUACACCGGGCACUGUCUCCUCAUAACAUACUUUUGGACAGAAAGGGACAUGUUAAAUUGUCUAAAUUUGGACUUUAUCACAUGACAGCUCAUGGUGAUGAUGUUGAUUUUCCAAUUGGGUAUCCAUCAUACUUGGCACCUGAGGUAAUUGCACAAGGAAUUUCCAAGACCACUGAUCAUAUGCCAAAUGAAAAACCAUUGCCUUCUGGCCCCAAGUCAGAUGUUUGGUCUCUGGGAAUCAUUUUAUUUGAACUUUGUGUGGGAAGAAAAUUAUUUCAGAGCUUGGAUAUUUCUGAACGACUAAAAUUUGUGCUUACAUUGGACUGCGUGGAUGACACUAUAAUAGUUCUAGCUGAAGAGCAUGGUUGUCUGGAUAUUAUAAAGGAGCUUCCUGAAAACAUGAUAGAUCUUUUGAAGAAGUGUCUCACCUUUCACCCUUCUAAGAGGCCAACCCCAGAUGAAUUGAUGCAGGACCAGGUGUUCAGUGAAGUGUCACCUCUAUACCCCCCAUUUACAAGACCUGCCAGUUUGUUUUCAUCUUCUCUAAGAUGUGCUGAUUUAACUCUGCCUGAAGACAUCAGUCAGCUGUGUAAAGAUAUCAACAGUGAUUACCUGGCAGAAAGAUCAAUUGAAGAAGUAUAUUACCUUUGGUGUUUAGCUGGAGGUGACUUGGAGAAAGAGCUUGUCAACAAGGAAAUCAUUCGAUCCAAACCACCUAUCUGCACACUCCCCAAUUUUCUCUUUGAAGAUGGUGAAAGCUUUGGACAAGGUCGAGAUAGAAGCUCCCUGUUAGAUGACACCACCAUCACGUUGUCAUUAUGCCAGCUAAGAAAUAGAUUAAAAGAUGUUGGUGGAGAAGCAUUUUACCCACUACUUGAAGAUGACCAGUCUAAUUUACCUCAUUCAAACAGCAAUAAUGAGUUGUCCGCUGCUGCCACUCUCCCUUUAAUCAUCAGAGAGAGGGACACAGAGUACCAACUAAACAGAAUCAUUCUCUUUGACAGGCUGCUAAAGGCUUAUCCGUAUAAAAAAAAUCAAAUCUGGAAAGAAGCAAGAGUUGAUAUUCCUCCACUUAUGAGAGGUUUAACCUGGGCUGCUCUUCUGGGAGUGGAGGGGGCUAUUCAUGCCAAGUAUGAUGCAAUUGAUAAAGAUACUCCAAUUCCUACAGAUAGACAAAUUGAAGUGGACAUUCCUCGUUGUCAUCAGUAUGAUGAACUGUUAUCAUCACCAGAAGGUCAUGCAAAAUUUAGGCGUGUAUUAAAAGCCUGGGUAGUAUCCCAUCCUGAUCUUGUGUAUUGGCAAGGUCUUGACUCACUUUGCGCUCCAUUUCUAUAUUUAAAUUUCAAUAAUGAAGCCUUAGCAUAUGCGUGUAUGUCUGCUUUUAUUCCCAAAUACCUGUAUAACUUCUUCUUGAAAGACAACUCACAUGUAAUACAAGAGUACUUGACUGUGUUCUCCCAGAUGAUUGCAUUCCAUGAUCCAGAGCUGAGCAAUCAUCUCAAUGAGAUUGGAUUUAUUCCAGAUCUCUAUGCCAUCCCUUGGUUUCUCACCAUGUUUACUCAUGUAUUUCCACUGCACAAAAUUUUUCACCUCUGGGAUACAUUGCUACUUGGGAAUUCCUCUUUCCCUUUCUGUAUUGGAGUAGCAAUUCUUCAGCAGCUGCGGGACCGGCUUUUGGCUAAUGGCUUUAAUGAGUGCAUACUUCUCUUCUCUGAUUUACCAGAAAUUGACAUCGAACGCUGUGUGCGAGAAUCAAUCAACCUGUUUUGUUGGACUCCUAAAAGUGCUACUUACAGACAGCAUGCUCAGCCUCCCAAGCCAGCGUCUGAUAACAGUGGAGUCAGAGGUUCAACACCUUAUUUCUCUGAGUAUCCAGAUACUCCAAAAACAGAUCUGUCAAGAGAAGCCAUUCCAUUAAAUGACCUAAAGUCAGAAGUUUCACCCCGGAUUUCAGCAGAGGACCUGAUUGAUUUGUGUGAGCUCACAGUGACAGGCCACUUCAAAACACCUCCCAAGAAGACAAAGUCCAGUAAACCAAAGCUCCUGGUAGUAGACAUCCGGAAUGGUGAAGAUUUUAUUCGGGGUCACAUUUCAGGAAGCAUAAACAUUCCAUUCAAUGCUGCAUUCACUGCAGAAGGGGAGCUUACCCAGGGCCCUUAUACCGCCAUGCUCCAGAGCUUCAAAGGGAAGGUCAUUGUCAUUGUAGGGAAUUUGGCAAAGCACACAGCAGAGUUUGCAGCACAUCUUGUGAAGAUGAAAUAUCCAAGAAUCUGUAUUCUAGACGGUGGCAUCAAUAAGAUCAAGCCGACAGGCCUCCUCACAGUGCCGUCUCCUCAGAUAUGAAGAACCGGAAGGAUAACCAUCAGAAGCACAGGGUGGCGUCGGCUCCCAACAGCGCAGCUCCGCACAGCCUUGCCAGUCUGAGGCCGGGCCGUGCUUCCACAGCGCUACAUUUCCAUCACGCUUGCUCAUGAGACAUGCUUUUAAAAUCUCACGACCCAAAUGUUCAACUAUCCAGGCAACCAACCUGACUGUACCUGUGUUGCGGAAAGAAGUUUCCUAACAGUGAAAUCAGAUCGUGUAUUUUUAGCAUAUUGCGACACAAAGCCAGAGGAAUUCAGCUGAUAAGGCAGAUUUAGUAUUAUCAAGAAAUCUCACUUGCACUAAAAAAAGCUGUCUUCCAUCGCACUGAACAGACAGUCCUAACAAGGGUAUUAUUUAGAAAUAUAGGUUGAAUGUAGACUGAAAUCUCAUUUUCAUGAUAAUGAAAAGUGAAAGACUAUUCAUAGUGCAUUCCUUAUAAUUAACUGCUACAUAUGAUAACUCACUUCUGGCCCAGACAAGUUGAGUGUGUGCAUGUGUGUGUGUGUGUGUUUAGAGGGAGAAGAAUUUAGCCCAUUUAAAAAAAGGAAUAAUAGUCCACUUCCAAAAAAAUGAAAGUAUAUUAAAUAGAGUAUUUGUUCAGCUUCUGUAGCAGAGAAACCCAAAAUAAGAGCUACUUUAACAAACUAGAAGUUUGUUUCGCUCAGUCAGCCUAGGGCUAGUAUAUCUGUUUCAGAAUCAUUAAGAACUCAGGUGUUUUUCUCAUUGCUUUACCACCCUGAACACAUGGUUUCCAUCUCAUGGAUCAAGAUGGCUACCCAGAUCACCCACCUUCACACCUGCAAUUUAGAAGGAUGACUGAAGGAGGAGGGGGUGGGGAAGAAAGGAAGGAAAGAAAUGGGGUGGCAGGGGAGGAAGAAGGAAAGAAGAAAAGAUGAAAGAGAAGGGAGGACACACUUCUUCUGUAAGGACAAAAUCCAGAAAUUGCACAUACUACUUCUGUUUACAAACCAUUGGCUAGACCUUCAACAUAUGGCCUCACCUAGCUAUAAGGAAAGGUAGGAAUAUAAUCUUGGGCUGGGCGGCCAUUUGUACAGUUUAAAAGAAAAAAAAAAAAAACACCCUUAUGGGAAGAGAACACACAUAGAAGGACAACUAGCAGCCUCUGCCACAUUAUUCUAAAAGUUAAGUACCACAUUGAAUCAUAAACAUAUCAUGAUUUUAUGUACUGUGAAGGAAGAAAAAUAUAACCAAAUAAACUGACACAACAACAAUUA